AACAGAGUAGUGUAAUCAAAGAAAAACUUUUUAAUCACAUCACAAAAAUCGAAAGAGAGAGUGAUUGAAGAGAAACUGUCUCUUGCUUAUACGCCCUAAUUAAAAAUCAACUUAGAAUUCAGAUUUUGUAUGAAAAUAGCUGGCAUCUCUGUUUCGAUUUUGAAGCGGGUUUCAAAACGUUGUUUGGGUUGUUUGUUUAUAUAGAGUUUGAUCUCUCAUCAUAAUAUUACGUUCAAAUAACGAACGUGUUUGAUAAUGUCGCUUUUCCCUGCUUAUUAUUAUGAUGCUGCGAGCAGUACUACAGUAUCACAUGCACAACAGAAUGAUCUUUCCUGGUUAACGAACCAAAGUUUUAUUCCAUUUCCCAGUAGUACAAUACAAGAGCAAGAUAUUCCACAAUCACAAGAUCCUAGUGAUAGUUGCAAUACACAAGUAUAUCGUAAACACAAAAAGAAAAAGAAUAAAAAGCGUAAACAUGUUAGCAGUACUAGUUCCAAUGACGAUGAUAAACAAUCAAAAACACAGGAGCCCAUUCAUGUUUCCGAGUUAGAAUACUAUACUGAUUUGGAAGGGUUGCGUAUAUAUCUGACUGUAGAUACGUUGCAUCGCCCGGCUUGCCCUAAGUAUCGGUUGGGUCCGUAUCGGUUUACGAACAAGCCCGAUUCGAUUGAACGACGAGUACAUCGAUAUUUCCGGUAUUUAAAAAAAGCCAAAAAUUUUAAUGUUGGCAAUGAAAUUUCAAUGCAGGAAGCUAGAGAUAAGGAAAUCGAACUAGAGAAAUCUGCUCGGCUGGAAAAUUCAGCAGGAAAAUGGAUAGAAUAUAUACGACACAAGCAAACCAAUCCGGUGCAUUUCGACAGUUAUCAGAAUCAUAAAGCGGAACUAGCAAUUGUGGAAAAAGCGUUGCGACAGCAUCCCGAUAAUAGAAAAUUACUUAGUUUAUAUCUGGAAGGAAUUGUAAAAGUUUAUCCCACUGAUGAAGUGUUAUUGAUGAUUGAAAAAUUGAUCGCAAAAGAUAAUACGAAUGUUCUACUUUGGGAUGCAUUGAUCGAUAACAAGCAGUCGGCAAUGGCGCAGUGUAUUGUUCCGAAUGUGUUGAAAUUGUACGAGAAAAGUAUUUCGUCUUUGUUUAUGGCAAAGCGCAGCGAUGAAGUUAUGUUGAAGUUUUUCAAGAAAUGUGCUGUCUUUUCUCGACAAGCAGGUCUAUGGGAGCAGUUUUUUGGAAUGGUACAGAUGACGGUCAGUAUAAAUGUCAGUGCAAAUUUCGCCAAUGGAAAGGAGUUGUUUGUUUCACCCGAACACUUUACUCAGCUGAUUGAAUAUGAAGAACUUAUUUUGAAAUCGGGCCUUCCCAUGAAUGAAAUUUGGUUGCGAAUUGAAAAACUGCGUGGUGCGUUUCAUUUUUUACCCUUCAGAGGUCCGAAAAUGUGUGGCGAUCCCCAGAGGAUGAUUCUAAAUCAGGAUAUAGUUGGGUUUAUUUACCCUCUCAUCAAUCGAGAAUAUACCUUUGAUUUGGUAAUUUUAAUUCUCAAAUUGAUGAAAUAUCCGUUCGAAGGUAACACAUUUGAAAGGUGUUCGUUUUUUAAACCUGAAGCGUAUGAAUCAGACCACUCUGAACAAUUACUGUCACUGUUCCUGGAUCUGAACAGAAGUCGAAAAAAUGAUCCAUUCAUCCUGAACUUGAUCAAAGAACUCAAUACACCUCCAACGUUCAUUAAUACGAACCUUGCUUUCGAAUCGUUCUUGGAGCUGAUGCGUGAGCUACUGAUAGUUACUUCCGAGCAUUUCUCCGACGAAAAAAAUAUAAUUUUACUUUUGCUGUACCUGAAAUUAGAAAGAAUACUGGUUGUAUAUGACAAAACUGCUGGAAGCUUGAAUGAUCAGCGAAAAAAAGCUAGUCGAUCUCGCGUAAAAAAUCUUUUGAAAAAAUGCAAGUAUCAAAACGAUCUUAAUUUAUACAUUGAAUACGGAUUGAUUGAGUUCGAAAUGGAAGGUCUGGGAGAAAGCUGUUUUAAGGUAUUCAAAACCUCCGUUGAAGUGUUUUGUUGCCAGGAUGAUCAGCUCGAAGACAACGAUCUAUUUACUUUGGUGCUUAGGAUGGUGGAAAUAUUUUUGAAAAAUAAUCAAAAGCUACAGGCAAUCUAUUUGUUGACUAAGUUGGCUCUGAACCCCAAAGAGAUCAAAUUUCAAGUGACGAACGACGAGAUAAAAGAUUCGAUGAAAUUGAUGGCUCUGAAAAAGUACAGCGAACGCGUUUCUCGUUUCAUUAAAUCUGAAGAUCAGGUGAAGCUCAUGCAAUUAGAAGAAUAUUUCAAAAAUAAUCCACUGAUAAACAGCUUGAAAGCUUAUCUCUACUACUUAGCACUGAUCAAAUCCAAAUCGGAAACAAUUAAAAAAAUCGAAGGGUUUCUUUUCCAAUUCAAUAAACUGGAUGACCAACGACACGUAUAUAUUCGUGAACAGAUUUUUGAAAUCUACCUUAAAAUCGUUGAGUUUCGAACGGAAGAAUUUACCAACAAAUGCCUUCUACAGGUGGUGGAUCGCGUUUUGCAUGAAUAUCCAGAGAAUCUAACUGCCAUACGUAUGUGCAGUUUUUCCGAAUUUCUAUCGUGGUUUCAGAUUCGCACCAUUCUAGGCAAAUAUAUUUCCGUACGAUCGGUUCUAUUGAUGACAACCGCGGGACGUAUUAGAAAUCUGUACCUCAUCAAUGAUAUCACCGAGAAACAGCGCGAGGGUGAACUCUAUAAGCGGCGCAUACUCAACCUGUUAAGACAUGCAGUCCGGCGGGAAUCAUUGCUUCGACAAAAUGCGCUGCUUUGGAGAUUGUAUUUGAGAGAAUUGUUUGAUCAACCGGCUUCGGUUGGCAAUGGUGCAGAUAACGUUUUGGAGCAAUGUCGAAAAACACUCUAUAUGUCUCUUGAAGCAUGUCCAUGGAACAAAGCACUUUACCUCGACGGAGCCUUCUUUGCUCCACAGGAAUUGACUCACUUGCUGGAUUUGCUGAUGGAAAAACAGUUAAGGAUUCACGCGAUACCAGAGGAGUUGGAGAUACUGAGGAAUGAAUAAAUAUAAAAUUCAAAAAGAUUUUUCGAACGAUGAAAAUGAAAUCUGAACUAAAAACAAUCAAUAAAUUCAAACACAAUUUAACAAUAUUUUUAUUUGAUUAUCAUAUGGGUAUUCAUGUGUUUAGUUCCCACCCAUGGUUGGUGGGCUUGACGGUAUUGCAAAUAUCAUCAGAUGCGAAUAAUUAGCUUCAAAAUUUAACUUAAAUAAGCGUUUCAAUCUUUGGCUUCAUUACUAAGUGUGAUAAAUCGGUACUGCCUUGUGGUUAGGGCAUAUCGUACGAUAGGCCCUUGCGAAUGUUAUAAAAUUUAAUGCUCAUUGCUCGACUCUACAACUUUUAUAAACACAAUAAUUGAUCAAAUCACGUAGAUGGAAGCCCAGUGUACAAAAUCACGCGCAAUAUGAUUAAAUUCCAUGUUUGAAACUCGAGUAAUUAGCAUUAUUUUUCGUAUCUUUUAUAAGGGUCUAUCGCACGAUAUGCCCUAAUACCAUUUUAGUACCAAAAUGGGAUCUGGCAAUGCUUAUAGUGCUCUUAAUGCUAGUUUAUACAAAGCAUAUGUAUUUCGCAUGCAGACUAAGAGUCUAAGACGUAACCCUUGUAGUUUUUGGAGAUUCGUUAAUUCGAAAAGAAAAAACUCUUCUGUACCUACCAAUGUUUUCCUCGAGUAUGAGGCUGCCCAAUCAGUUUCUGAAUCUUGUGAAAUGUUUGCCAGGCAUUUCUCAAGUGUGUUUUAUAGUAAUCCGACUUCAAAUGAAGAGACGAAAAUCGCUGUUACUGAUGUUCUUGCUGACCUAAUUAGCUUGAAUACUUUCAUCGUUACCUCUGAGAUGGUUUCACACGCUGCAAAAAAGUUGAAAUGCUCAUAUUCUCCCGGGUCACACGGUUUACCCGCUGUUGUUUUAAAUCGAUGUAUUGGUGCAUUGGCCAUUGAGUAAAAUUUUCAGUCGAUCUUCCCGUGCAUAUGGAAGCAAUCGUCCAUUUGUCCCAUAUUUAAAGAUGACCAUCGACGAAAUGUCGAAAUGGUUGUAAGUGAUGCCAUAUUAGAUCGAGUGAGGAAUUACGUUUCAUUUGAUCAGCAUGGAUUUAUACCAGGAAGAUCAUUUUCGACGAAUCUGUUAACAUUCACGUCUAAGUGUAUCGCUAGCAUGGAGGAAAAAACUCAAAUUGAUGUUGUCUACACUGAUCUAAAAGCAGCAUUUGACAAAAUUGAUUACAAAAUACUUCUUUGUAAAUUAUAUCGUCUCGGCUUCUCUGCGCAGCUCGAGUCCUGGUUAAGAUCGUAUCUGACUGGUAGAGUACUACGAGUGAAGUUGGAUAACUGCACAUCAUCUCAAUUUACGAACAAUUCAGGAGUU